AUGGACGCGAAACUAGAAGAGAUUCCUGAACCAGGUGUCGCUAGAGACUCUGUCAGCUUUGCCAUGAGCGAUGAUCCACUCGGUUGCAUCUUUGCAAGCCCGCCAGGCAAUGAUUCCAAAGGGAGUAUCACUGCUAUGGAAGAUGCGUUUAUUGCGCUCCAGCCAAAGGUUCCAGCAUAUGGAGUGGAGAAUACACGUCUGAAACUAGUCGUCGAAGCCGUCUGA